AUGGAACAGGUACAUUCUGAGGCAAUUGAAGUAAAUGCGAAAUCACUGGUAAUAGAACCUAGCGUUCUUGCUCUAGUCUGCGCUGUUCUUCUUGUCCUAAUAACGACUAUUGUCUUGGUCUUCAGAGCUCUGAGAGAUAAAGCAGACACCUUCUUGAUAGUUGGUCUGAGCGAUUCUGGGAAAACGCACAUAUUUGGAAAGAUAGCGAAUAAAAAUACUGAACCUGUGACAUACACAUCUUUCCAAGAGAAUGUACUGGACCUCGAUAUCAAGGGCAAGCAUCUGAAGGUGGUUGACUUCCCCGGUGCCGAACGGCUUCGCAAGCAGCUUGUUGAGAAAUGGUUGAAGAAGGGAUGCACUUCUUUACGUGGGAUAACGUUCGUCGUGGAUUCGUCCUCCUUCUCUAAACGUGCUCGAGAUGUGGCAGAGUUCCUCUAUGACGUGGCUUUGGAGACUGGAAAAAAGGUCCCCAUUCUCGUUGCCUGCAAUAAACAGGAUCAUGGACUUGCAAAAAGCAGCCAGGUUAUACGCUCUUCUCUGGAGAAAGAAAUAGGCAUGAUCAACAAAACUCGCGCCGCUGCUCUAACAACCACCGAUGGUUCAUCGUUCCGAAGUACGCUAACGAAUACUGGAGCAAAUUUUUCGUGGGAAGAUUUACCAAGGCCGGUUGAAUUCGUUGAAUGUUGCGCUGUCGAAGGAGCUCCUGUCGGUUUGGAUGCUAUCAGAAGUUGGAUCAAGCUUUGA